AUGACUGCAAGACUGCGCCCUCUACUGAUUUCCUCACUGAAACGAUUUGCAUGCAGAAGGGGUUUGAUAUCCGUGACUACUACUAAAGUACCUCAGAACAGUUUACUGCGCAAAUAUGACUUGUGGCAAACUAGUAAUGUUGAAGGUUUAAUAGGAUAUAAAGAACGUCACUAUGUGUGGUACAGUUUUGAGUGGAUUCCACUGAAUACUCAAAUUUUGGGAUUUAUUUGUCUUGUUGUGCUGUAUACUAUAUACGGCCUGAACAAAGUGGAAAUAAUGUCAGACAGAAGUUGGAUGGGUGGUAACAGGGCAUUUGUGUGGUAUGCAAUCGAAAGUCGUCCUGGUUACGAAUAUGCCUUUGUAUGGAAGCCGAUUCCGGAGCCGGAGCCAUCAGAACUGAUGCUCAUGAGGACUCUGCAGCGAGAGAUGUGGGAAGCAGCCUUGAAACGUAAUACUUGGUUUCAAGCUCAUUAA